AUGCUGUGGCUUCUACGUGGAGUGAGGCUGCGCUGCUGGCUUACCCUGGCCACAGGGCUGGUGGAGAGCCAGUUUUUUACUGGGGUUGUUCUUGGGUGGCCCUCCCUUGUGUUUAUCCUGAAAGCUAGUGGGUACUUCAGCGACCAGUGUGAGAAUGCCACAGGACCCAAUGGCACACAGUACAUGGACUGUAGCAAACAGAACAAGCUCUUCUCCCUAGUUUUCACCAUCACCGUCAUCUUACAGAACCUCAGUCUUCUCAAUGGAUUCUUCUUUGACCGCUUCGGUACCAUGGCAUCCAGACUGCUGGCAAUAAUACUGUACACCACUGGUACCUUGCUGAUUCCUUUUUCACAUCCAGAGAUAUCCAAUAUACUGUUUCCGGGUCUGGCCUGCAUCGCAUUUGGAAGCAGCAUGUUAUUGCUCACAAAUAUGCAGGUGGGGAAUCUCUUUGACAUCCAUCAUUCCACCGUCAUCACCUUGUUUACCGGAGCCUACAGCUCCUCUGCCAUCACCUUCCUCAUCAUCAAGGUGGCAUCUGAAAGAGGGAUGUCUCUGCACCACUCUUUUUUCUUCUUGUCGGCAUGCAGCAUAAUCCACCUCAUGAGAACCUUCAUCCUCAUGCCAAAGAUGCACAUCCCCUACCCCCUCCCUGAGGGCUACACUUAUGGGAUGAACUGUAGUCAGAUCAAGUGCAACCGCUGUUGUCUCACAAACAAAGCACAGAGAGACAACACAGAGCCUGUGCAGGGAGAGGAAGGGAUAGAGAAUGCAACAUCUGAACUAGGAAACCCCCAGCAGACCCCACAGACAGACAGUUUUAAGCAGUGUGUGCUCAGUUGGUUGUUUCUGUGGCACCUGGUGUGGGUGUCAGUCACGGCUCUGCGGCACCUCCUGUUCAUUGGCACCCUGAACCCCAUGCUGACCCUGCUGGCUCACGGAGACACAGCCCAAGUGAGUCACUACACCAACGCCUUCGCCUACACACAGUUAUGUGGGAUACUGUGCGCCGCCUUGAAUGGCCUGAUCAUUGACAGAUACAAGGGCAAGCUACGGGCCGAAGGAGAGACGGAGGAGGAGGGUAACCUGCGCUCUGUGGUGCUCUCUCUCUUCCUCACUGCCACUGCCCUGCAGUGCCUCUUAUUCUCCAUCUGCGCCACCAUACCUGUGCUCCCGCUGCAGUACCUGACUUUCGUCCUGCAAGUGGUCAACCGUGCCUUCUCGUUUGGAGGGAAUGCAGCCUUCAUCAGCAUUGCUUUUCCAGUCUGUCACUUUGGUAAGCUGAUCGGUGUGGUUAACGCUGUAUUGUCUGCGGUGUUGCUCCUGCAAUUCCCCUGCAUCAUCCUGGUGAAAGAGGUGUUGGAUGGAGACCCCUUAUACAUAAACAUAGCCCUGUGCAUCCUGUGCCUGGCCACAUUCAUUCACCCGGCCUAUGUCUAUAUCCGCUGGCGCAGAUUGGCCAAUCAGAGAAGACGCUCCGCCCAGCCACCGCCCAAAGAUGAGAACGCCUUCUCUGGAGACAAUGAAAACCAACCCCAGGAUCCUCUUAGACACCCCCAAAAUGAACACUCACAAUGCCUCAGGCCUACUGUUUUAUGA